AUGGAGAUUACGGAGGAGCAGCGGCGUCGCUCCGAGGCCAACCGCCUCGCCGCCCUCGAGAAGCGCAAGCGCCUCGCAGAGGCCGCAGCCGCGGCCGCGCCUUCCACCGCCUUUCCCGCCUCUGGCGCCCCCACAUUCCCUGCCUACGACACUGCCGCCGCCGCCGAGUGGAGGCUCGCCAAACGCCCAAGAAUCGCCCCGCCCGCGCCCCAGCCUCCGUUUGCGCCGCUGCCCCCGCGUCCUUCCCCACCGCCGCCGCCGCCGCCGACUCCGCCUCAGCCGCCGGUGGGGUUCCAGGUUGUGCUGGAGGUAUGCAGCCCCGACGAGUUCUUGGUGGCGGUGGGGCCGGUGGAAGGCAGGGCCUACCCCGGGGAGGCCGAGUGCCUCGGCGCCGUCCAGGACUGUCUCGCUGCGGCUUCGGUUGUACAAUACUCUGCAACGCAGUCGCUAAGUCAAAGCGCACAUCUUCGUCCUGUAUUUAAGUUUGUGGACUAUGAUGUGGUGUUGAAAUGCCUUAAGAAAUUACCUGGAGCUUCUGUGCAAGAAAUACCUUCUAGCACAAAGAGAAUUAUUCAGGAUAUACCUAGGUAUCCUGGCCAAAAGUGGGCUUCUGAUGAAGAAGUAGAUGAGCUUCUCAAGAAGCUGCCACAGCAAAUAAAAGAUGCUCUUUUACCCUUCCAACUUGAAGGGGUGAUGUUUGGGCUUCGAAGGCGUGGAUGCUGCCUAAUUGCAGAUGAGAUGGGGCUUGGCAAGACUCUCCAGGCGAUUGCAAUAGCAUGCUGCUUCAAGGAUGAGGGCUCUAUAUUAAUAGUAUGUCCAGCCGUAUUGCGUUAUUCUUGGGCAGAGGAAUUGGAACGCUGGGAUCCUUCAUUUAUGCCAAAAGAUAUUCAUAUUGUAUUUGGUCAUCAAGACAGUCUUGAACAUCUAAAUGCUACUCCAAGGGCAGUGAUUACUUCUUACCAGAUGCUAAGUCGCCUUAGGGAAAGUAUGGUGAAUAGAACAUGGGCACUGAUGAUUGUUGAUGAAUCGCACAACAUACGCUGCACGACGAAACGAGAAGAAAAAUAUGAGGACUUCUCUAAGGGUACGCGGUUGACAGAGUUAAAUGUUUUGCUCAGUCAAACUGUCAUGAUUAGGCGGCUGAAGGAGCAUUUGUUGAAUGAACUGCCCCCCAAGCGGCGACAGAUUAUUUGGUUGAAGCUAAAGGCACCAGAUAUCAGGGCAGCCACGUCUUCAUGCGUCAAAAGGGUGAACUCUAGCAGUUGUAAUGGAACUCUUACAGUUGAAUUGCCCAGCAAAAGCAAUGAUGAUGAAAAUACAAAAGAGGAAGAAGAUGAUGAUUGCAAGAAAUCUCCGAGGAAUCUCACUCCACAAGAGAUUGGUAUCGCAAAAUUAUCUGGGUUUAGUGAAUGGUUCUCAAAUCAUUUCAUCGUGGAUGGAUUUGGUGCUAACCAUAACCUGGAUCCCCAGUCUAGCUGUCAGAAAACAAUAAUAUUUGCACAUCACUUAAAGGUUCUAGAUGGAAUACAGGUGUUUAUCUCUGAGAAUGGGAUCAAAUUUGUUCGCAUUGAUGGAAGCACACUUCAAAGGGAAAGGAAAGAAGCUGUUGAUUCUUUCCGUUUGGAUCCAGAGGUGAAGGUUGCAAUAAUUGGAAUUACUGCUGGAGGUGUUGGUUUAGACUUCUCGUCUGCUCAGAAUGUUAUUUUUGUGGAGCUCCCAAAAUCAGCUUCAGAAUUGCUUCAGGCUGAGGAUAGAGCUCAUAGACGUGGCCAAACAAAUGCGGUCAACAUAUAUAUAUUCUGUGGAAAGAACACAUCGGAUGAAUCACACUGGCUCCAGUUAAACCAGAGUCUGUUCCGUGUCUCGUCUUUGAUGAAUGGAAAAAAAGAUGCUGUAAGGGAGAUUGAGGUUGAUCAAGUGUGCCAACUUGAGGAAAUCAAGACCACCGAGGAGGAAACACAAUGCAAACUUCAUCCUUCGGAGAAUCAUAAUGCAGAUUUGACCCAUGGACCAAAAUACCUUUUGGAAAGUGAUGAUUUGUCCAUCAAUGGUUUUCUUGGCAUCGAAGAUUUGGAACUUGACUCGGAUUUCACCAUUAGGACAAUUCCUCUUGAAUUUGAGGAUGAAAGACCUGGCACAUCCUUGAAAAAUAAUCCAACUCCAACAGUACUUGAAGACAGAUCUUGUAUUGAUGUUUCUCUUUCGCCAGCUGCAGCCUUUUGCUCUGUGAUUUCUAGUUGUAAAUCAGUAAAGGCUCGUAAGAGGCUUUCUGGAAAUUCUGGGUCCUUAAGUCAAGCUGCACCUGUUCCAGAUUUUCCAAUUCAAGUGGAAUCUCUGCGUUUUGAGGUUAGCCGGCACACAGGCCGAAUCCACUUGUACAGUUGUGUUCCUGGACAUGAUUCAAGACCCAAACCACUUUGUGAAAAUUUUCUGCCAGAAGAAUUGAAUUCACCUUUGUGUUCUCCCAGUGACGUUAAAACAAGAACUCUGCUCUUGAAAAAGAUUCCUGCAUUUUGCAAUGUGUUCAAGGCAUUCAUCAAAGAGUGGUUGGCACUAAGACCAAUUGAUCAGAAUAAAUUGCUUGGAAAGCCAUUACAACUUCCCUUGAGCCUUGAGUUGUGUUUUCUGAAAGAUAGCAUCAACCAUAGCACAGAAGGGAUACUUAAAGGGGGAAGUAAGAGGCGUGCCGCACCAUUGAAUGGUGUCAGUAAUCCUUUGCCAGAAAAUGCUGAAUGGAGACAGGUGGUGUUGCGUAAUGGCACCUGUAAAGAGAGACAGUACACUCAGGGCUGGACCAUUGAUGAUGAACCUCUCUGCAAACUUUGUCAAGGACUUUGCAAUGGAAGGCUUGCAAAGUCACCAGAAUAUUUUGAAGAUCUAUUCUGUGGUCUAGCUUGUUUCCAGGAAUACAGGUUAAGAACCAGUGGCAGGGCCCUGCGGCAGGCACUGUUUCAAAUAGAACGAGGUAAGUGCUCCCAAUGCAAGCUCGAUUGUUGCAAGCUUGUCAAACACAUUAAACCCUUACCCUUGGAAAAACGAGAAGAAUACAUCAGAAAGGUUGCUCCAAACAUUGCGAGGAGAAAGAAACUCCUAGAUAAGCUUGCCCAUGAGCCAAUUGAUGGAAAUGCUUGGCAUGCAGAUCACAUAAUACCUGUCUAUAAAGGAGGAGGGGAAUGUAAACUUGAGAACAUGAGAACACUGUGUGUGGCUUGUCAUUAUGAGGUCACCAGAGCUCAGCACAAGGAACUAAAAGAAAUAAGAAAGAAGGCUAAAGAGCACCUGAAAAACGCCUUGAAUAAACAAAAGGAUAAACCAAGUGAAGCAACAGAAGAACUAGAUGACGAAUUUUUGCUGGUAGCCGUCCCGGGCAGUGCCUACUCCUUAGGAUUUCCUGGCAAUGUUGCUGAUGAAAAAGCUGCCGAAUAG